UGGUCACACGCGUAUGUGACCGUGAUUUUUGCAAUAAAGCUGAAUAAAUUGCAACAAAAAACAAGUAAGAAUGAUUUAUUUAAACGUGUAAUUUAUACACGUUUCCAAAGUGUUGCACGUGACAUAUGUACAGAUUGUGUAACUAAUUGUAUAAAAGUCAAAAACGCACACAGGAAGUGCAAGUGAAAUGUGAAGAAAGUGUUUGUUUGUCCAGGUUCAACAACUGUUUGUAACUGUGUGUGAGUGUUUGUGUUAUUGUGUGCGUGUGUGUGACGUCUGACUCUACUGCACUUGUUCUACACUAAUACCAAUUAAAAUAUGUAAUAAAAAGAAGAGAGAAAAACAAGGAAUGAACUAAAAAUCAUUGUAAUAUUGAAACGCAGAAAGCCAGCAGUUCGUUCCAGAAAAUAAAAUACGCCGCAAACAGCGCAAAAACACACAAAGUCAAUACGCUUGAAAAAUAAUGGAUAAAUUCCCAUUAAAGGGUAGCAGAGAGGCUGCAGCGGAAGGUAACAGCUACAUAACCGCAUAUCAGACAGUCAUGAAAAAGUCAAACGGUCACACUAUUGGAGCCGGCGACAGCGAUCAUCCGUUGGCGCCGCAUUCAAAGCUUUCCUCGUAUGCGGCAGCAACCACAUCACUUACCGCAGCUACCGACGACGAGGAUAUGAUCGAUAUAACGCCACGCUCCAGUCCGGGUGAAUUAAUUGGAGGCCCUUCCAGCAGUUAUCACCGUGAAACAGCGACAGAAUCGGAUACGGAACGUGAUUAUGCGCCCAAUCAGCGAACAAUGCAUCAUCAUCAUCAACAUCAACAUGUGCCAACUCACAGCGCUUUCGGCGAUCCCAUGGAUGGAGCACUCUCAUUCUAUGGCUCCUCGGAUGUGCAGGAUGAUAUACCCGGCAUUGGACAGUAUGAGGAUUUCCACACCAUCGACUGGCAACGCGACAUUGCGCGCGAUCGCAUGCGACAUCGUUACAUUGUCAAAAAGCGACAGGAUUCUCUGUGGGACUUGAUCAAGGGUUCAAUUGAUGCGGGCUCUGGUUGGCUGUGCGUGCUGCUGGUGGGAAUCGCUGCGGGUUGCGUUGCGGGCAUGGUUGACAUUGGCGCGAGUUGGAUGUCCGAUCUUAAGCAUGGAAUUUGUCCGGCCGCCUUUUGGUUUAAUCGCGAGCAAUGCUGUUAUCCAGCCAAACAAUCUGUCUUUGAGGAGGGCAACUGCUCCACGUGGAAAACAUGGCCCGAGAUCUUUGGACUUAGUCGCACGGGCACCGGACCGUACAUCAUCUCGUAUAUUUGGUACAUCUUGUGGGCAUUGCUGUUCGCCUCGCUGAGUGCGUCGCUGGUGCGCAUGUUUGCACCGUAUGCUUGUGGUUCGGGUAUUCCUGAGAUCAAGACCAUUCUGUCGGGCUUUAUUAUACGCGGCUAUUUGGGCAAAUGGACAUUGCUGAUCAAAUCGGUGGGCUUGAUGCUGUCCGUGUCGGCCGGCCUGACGCUGGGCAAGGAGGGACCCAUGGUCCAUAUUGCCAGCUGCAUUGGCAACAUCUUCUCGCAUCUGUUUCCGAAGUACGGACGUAACGAGGCUAAGAAACGUGAAAUUCUAUCGGCAGCCUCUGCGGCAGGGGUCUCAGUGGCUUUCGGAGCACCUAUAGGCGGUGUGCUAUUCUCACUGGAAGAAGUCUCCUAUUAUUUCCCUCUCAAGACACUUUGGCGUUCGUUCUUCUGUGCAUUGAUUGCCGCUUUCGUGUUGCGCUCGCUGACGCCGUUUGGCAAUGAACACUCCGUGCUGUUCUUUGUGGAAUACAACAAGCCCUGGAUCUUCUUUGAGCUCAUACCGUUUGUCUUUCUUGGCAUCAUGGGUGGCGCCAUUGGCACGUUCUUUAUUAAAGCGAAUUUGUGGUGGUGCCGUUACAGAAAGUUCAGCAAGCUCGGCCAAUAUCCCGUUAGCGAAGUUCUCUUUGUCACCCUAGUCACCGGCAUCAUUUGCUAUCCGAAUCCGUUUACACGCAUGAACAUGAACGAGCUCAUAUUUCUGCUGGUUAGCAAGUGUUCUCCUGGCGAUAUGACUAACCCAUUGUGUGACUACAAACGCAUGAACAUAAGCACAAGCACUGGCUUUGUUGAGGUAACCGAACCCGGACCCCGUGUCUACAGCUCCAUUUGGCUGCUCGUGUUGACCUUUGUGCUGAAGCUGGCGUUGACCAUAUUCACAUUUGGCAUUAAGGUGCCCUCGGGUCUGUUCAUACCGUCGCUGCUGUUGGGUGCCAUUAUGGGACGCAUUGUUGGCAUUGGUGUCGAGCAGUUCGCGUACAGUUAUCCGAACAUUUGGUUCUUUACCGGCGAGUGUGCAGACAGCAAUCUAAUAACACCCGGUCUUUAUGCUGUGGUGGGCGCUGCUGCUGUGUUGGGCGGCGUUACACGUAUGACAGUCUCGCUGGUCGUCAUCAUGUUUGAGUUGACUGGCGGCGUGCGUUACAUUGUGCCAUUGAUGGCUGCUGCCAUGGCCUCCAAGUGGGUGGGCGAUGCAUUGGGUCGCCAGGGCAUAUAUGAUGCGCACAUUGCGCUAAAUGGUUACCCGUUCCUGGACAGCAAAGAGGAGUUUGCGCACACAACACUGGCGGCUGAUGUAAUGCAACCGAAACGCAAUGAAACAUUGAAUGUCAUCACCCAGGACUCCAUGACAGUGGACGAUGUGGAGAAUCUGCUAAAGGAGACCGAGCACAAUGGUUAUCCCGUUGUUGUGUCCAGAGAAAAUCAAUACUUGGUUGGCUUUGUGCUGCGCAGAGAUCUAAACUUGGCAAUUGGCAACGCCAAGCGUCUUAUCGAGGGCAUUAACAGCAAUUCCAUUGUGUUGUUUACAUCCACACAACCCACACAAAAUCUGGGUCCUCAGCCACUGAAACUUAAGAAGAUUCUCGACAUGGCGCCCAUCACGGUGACAGAUCAAACGCCCAUGGAAACGGUAGUUGAUAUGUUCCGCAAACUGGGUCUGCGCCAAACACUGGUCACACACAAUGGUCGUUUGCUUGGUGUAAUCACGAAAAAAGAUGUGCUACGCCAUGUAAAGCAAAUGGACAAUGAAGAUCCCAAUACAGUGCUCUUCAAUUAAGUUGAAUUUAUUAGCCAAUCAGCGGAAUAGGCCUACGCCUAGCAAUUAUUAUUACCUGUACUAUCACAAAAAAACAAAAACAGAAACAUUUUAUGGAUUUAAGUCAAAAGUUGAGCAGAAGAAAAGGAGUAGAGAUUAGUGAAUUAACGAUCGGAAUUUCGAGCGUGUGAAAGAUUUAGAAAAAUUGUGUGCAGUUCUACUUUAUGUUAUAUAUAUACAUAUAUCUCUCAAUAUAUAUAUUUGAUAUUCGUUCAUAAAUAUGUAUAUAUAUUUGUGGGUGUAUAUGUAUGUAUGUAUCUCGUUAAUGUUAAUUGUGUAAUUUAUUUAAGACAAUUGCAAUCUUAUUCAUUUAUUGCCACUUUGUAAUUAUGUCAUUGUAAGCGUACACGCAAUUGAUUACUUUAUAUUUUCUAUAUACGAUAUAUACACUCCUCGUACACAUACUUUAAUUGUAAUACCUACGAACCCUAUGCUAUUUUUUUAUACACUCCUCUGUACAUCACGCAAAUGUGGAAGUCAAGCGAGUUGCGCCUUUUUUUUUGAGUGUGUGUGAAUAAUAAUAUUUUAUGCUGGCUGCACAGUCAAAUAGCUACGUAUGAAUAUGUUAGAUGAUGAAGCUUUUUACGUGAAAAUGAUGUGAAAGAUGGGACUUUAAGUUUUGCAUUUCGUUCAAAAUUCUUAAAGAAAAUCUUAUUUACAUAUUUAUAUACAUAUAUAUUUACAUAUAUUGCAUAAAUACAUAACUAUGUAUAUCGAAAGUAUUGUGUUUUGUUAGAGAUCUGUGAAAUUUUAAUCUAAACUCGUGUAAAUAGCAACAUUAAAACAAAUGAUUAAACCAUAAAUAAACUUAAGCGCAGCUAUACACAAUUUGAACUUAUAUUAAAUCUAAGCAGAUGCUGUUUAUUCAAUCCUGAUUCGAAUUGGAUUCAAUGGAACCAAAGUAGACGUGGAUUUCAUUCGAAACUCUUUUAAUCAUUUAAAAUUGGAAACCUAAAUUACAAGCAUGAUAUUGGUUUACGGAAGAUUGGCGACGGCAUGUCCAAGGGUUGCCUAUAAGCUGGAGCACAAAAAGAUGUUGCCGCUUGAAAAAAAGCAGAUGCAGGUGAAGCUU